ACAUUGUUCCUGCUUCCUCGGAUCAAUUCCGUGGGUUUAAUAUAAAACGCCAUUGUCGUGGUUGCACCAUGUCUUCAACCCAUGAAAAAACAUUUUGGAUGAGAGUGAACCCUGAAGAGACACUGAGCACUUCAUUCUGUCCUUCAAGGCGAUGGAUUCCAACCAGAAAGAGGAUGAUCACCCCUCCCGCCGAAACUCGGUCCCUGGGACGGGCAAUUUUUAUCCACAGGAUCAAUAUCCGACGACCGACCUAGAAACAGGCAACUCCAGCCAGGCGGCGGCUGACAACCAUGGUUCUGCCACGGCGAAGAAGAGCAUUUUCGGCAUCUCAAAUUGGCGAAGAAGUCGGCCACGCACUAAAUCAAAGCCUUCGCUUUCAGACACAGAGAAGGCAGUUGUCGGCAAAAACUUAGAGACUCAAUAUCAGGAAAUUCCCUCCCACAAUGAGUCGUCUGACAGUACAAAACUACCUCAGUACACGGAAGAGGCUAAACAGCUGGUACGAUCAUUCACGCAAGCUGGACUGGACGCCAUGCACGCCGACCCAAGGUCGGGCGCCGAGACGCCAUAUAUAGACAAACAUCUUUCCGAUGUAGAUUAUGUUCCACCGCCAUCACAUUAUCGGCCCAGCGUCUUUGGCGCCAUUCUCAGCUCAAGGCUCAACCACAUCAUUCAGGAAACCUCAGCACACCGAGGCCGUGGGCCGGCACAUGGACACCAUCAUGAGCCUGGAGUCAACGCAAGAGGCAACAAGUCUUCCCACCAGAGGUCUCGCUCUCACGAUUCAUCGCCUCUUAUCUCCGGCACAACAACGCCAACCAAGAAAAUAAAAUGGUACGAAGAGCGACAGCAACACUCCCUGGCAAGCGCUUUGAUGCAAGCCGGCAUGUCAACAACAAGUCUUGGACUCCCAGCAACUUCAAACGUUGUGUCAAGGCCUACAUCUCUACGGUUUCAGUCAACCGACGAUCUUCUCCCUCCAACAGAGGGCCAGUCCCCCUCCAACUACCGACACAGUGCCUCAUCAGCAUACGUUGAUCUCCAAGGGGCCGUCGUUGCUGAAGUGGCCGAAAUCAUUGCCUGUCGAAAGUACCUGACCAAGUUGUGUGGCGCUCUCAUGCGAUAUGGAGCCCCUACCCAUCGUCUGGAGGAAUACCUCCGUGCAUCGGCGCGUGCCUUGUUGAUUGACGCCGACUUUUUGUACAUCCCAGGCGCCAUGGUGUGUACAUUUUACGACCACACAAUUCAAGCCAACAACGUCGAGGUAGUCCGAGGAGUCAGUGGGCUCGAUUUUGGGCGCUUGAGGGAUGUCUUUGACGUCUACAAAUGCGUCAUUCACCACAAGUUGACUGCUGAACAAGGCAUUCUGCAGGUGGACAACAUCCAGAAGCGUCCCGACCGGCAUUCACAGUACUUCAGAAUCCUCAUGUUUGGAUUUGCCUCCCUGGCAGUGGGUCCGUUUUCCUUUAAUACCCGAAUCAUCGAUUUACCCCCCAUUUUCAUCCUGGGCUGUGCUCUUGGCUUCCUGCAGAUCAAGGUGGUGCCAAAAUCUGAACAGUUCUCCAACGUCUUUGAGGUCUUUGCUUGCGUCAUGAUAGCCUUCAUCUCGCGGGCCUUGGGUUCUAUCAAGGGCAGUGAUGGCGCCUACAUCUUCUGCUUCUCUGGUGUGGCUCAGAGCAGUAUUGCCAUGAUCCUCCCAGGUUUCCUCGUGUUAAAUUCUGCAUUGGAGCUGCAAAGCCGUAACAUCGUUGCCGGGUCAGUUCGAAUGGUGUAUGCCAUCAUCUACGUGCUCUUCCUGGGCUUUGGGCUCCUGGUUGGAACCACCGUCUUUGGUCUCAUCAAGCGCGAUGCUGUCGACGAUGUGACGUGUCGUGUGCCAGAAUGGUUCUCUCCCGACGGGGUCAACUACAAGCUGUUGUACACACGCUUCAUCUGGGCUCCUCUGUUUGCUUGUGGGGUGGCCCUGGUCUACCAGGCCAAGUGGAAACAGCUCCCAGUCAUGGCGCUAAUAGCUGUGGCAGGCCAUCAGGCCAAUUUCUGGAUAUCGACUCAGCUGUCUAGCAACCUUCAAGUUGCCAACGCGAUUGGUGCCUUUGUCAUCGGCUGCCUCGCGAAUCUGUACUCACGCGUGUUUCACGGCCUCGCGGCAGCGGCGAUGCUCCCGGCAAUAUACUGCCAAGUGCCUGGUGGUCUCGCAGCCUCAGGGACGCUGGUGGCUGGGGUUGAUUCAUCCAACCAGAUUAUCGGCAACAGCACUGCCAUCACCAUUAUCAACAAUGGUACACAAGGCUUCAUUGCUGCUCAAGACGAUCCCAACAGCGUCUAUGGUGGGACCAUCUUCAAUGUUGGAUAUGGAAUGGUCCAGGUAGCCAUUGGAAUUAGUGUCGGGUUGUACCUGAGCGCGCUUGUCGUAUAUCCCUAUGGGAAGCGGAGGAGCGGACUCUUCAGCUUCUGAGGUUUGCGUCUUUCAGACAUUCCCAUUCCCCAACUAACAAAAUAUCACCGAACCAUUUUGGUUGUAUAAUAUGUCUAAUAUCUCACUAAGAUGUCAAAAUUUUCUGGGCUCGUCCAGAUGGGCCACAAGGUCCACCGUUCGUCGUGUGGCUGCCAUGGAAUCUUUUUGAAACUACAUCAACUACCGCACACCACAGCGCCACCAAUUGGAGGAUUCCUACAGCAAUUACCCACGCAUCUCGAAGAGAUGGAGAACCCCUGCGAUAACUUGCCCUUGCAAUCUGGAAAAGCGAUAGCGGCAUAACAACUAUAUCUUCGAAGGUAGCCCACGCGCCUGAGUAAGUCCAGAGCACCAUUACACGCGGCAUAGGAUGCGUGACGAUGUCUUCUAGAGAGCCAUCUCAGUAACCAUUGUCUGUCCAACGAUGAGAAGGCCAACUGGAACGAAGAUUGCCGUCGACAAAAGUUGACAGGAAAUACGACACGUCCUGGAAUCGCACAUACAGCCUAGCUGGAAUAAGAAGCGCAACAAGCAUGCUAGUAGCAUGAUAUUGAAGUCCUCUGUGGUGUCUCAUCAUGCGUCUUGCAGUCGAUAACAGAGGUGAGGUGAGGUGAGUCUUGACGACGAGGUAAUUUACCGCCUUAACCCCAUUGCUAUUUCAAUUCGUCAAUUGUAUGUCAUGGCCCGGCUCUUAGACCAGACUGCUAUCACAGCUACGGCGUGCGGUUGAUUUCCGAUGCUACGCUAUGCACCCAGCAUUUGGUCUCAGGUUGAGAUGACUCUGGUUGCUCGUUCUUGUUAUGAUGAGGCAUGACUGCACGCCGUGUCUCGUGGCUCAAGCUGUUGGCAGUGAUUCUGAGAUAUGAAUUAGGGGACAUUUCGUCGCACCAGUGCUCAAUAAUGGCAUGAUGGCCAGAGUAAAAGAUGGUUGUUUGGUAUGGUAUAGUGAGUGUAGGUGACAUUCCAGUACCAGAGCCUAAUGACCUUGAACAGUAAGCCUGAUGAUGUAAUAUAGAUGAUAAUGUCCAACGAAGUAGUAUUUAGAAAGAUUGAUUUGCAGGCC